UGAAUACGCUACGCUUCAUCAUAUUUUAAAUAUAUUUAGGUGGUCUACUUGGCUAAGGGUACAAAUAACGAAUAACGCGUCAGAAAAAGUAUGUUAGUGUUAGUCUCAGGCGACAGAAGUGUGUGACCAGUGGUCCUAAUUUAGUCCGGUUAGGAACGGAUGCCUUUCGGGAGGAAAAAAAAAACUGACCGGGUUUAUUUUUUAUUUUUUAUAAAUUUUGUCCCGAGUCUGGCACGGUUCUAGUCGAAGAAUCUGGAAAGACACGCAACGAAUCAGUAGUCAUGUCUGGCAUUGCUCUCAGUCGACUGGCACAAGAGCGUAAAGCAUGGAGGAAAGACCACCCUUUUGGCUUUGUUGCUGUGCCAACCAAGAAUCCUGAUGGUACGAUGAAUCUGAUGAACUGGGAAUGUGCCAUUCCAGGGAAAAAGGGGACUCCUUGGGAGGGAGGUCUGUUUAAGUUAAGGAUGCUCUUCAAAGAUGACUACCCUUCAUCACCACCGAAAUGUAAAUUCGAGCCUCCUCUGUUUCAUCCUAAUGUGUACCCAUCAGGAACCGUCUGUCUCUCCAUUCUAGAGGAGGACAAAGACUGGAGACCUGCUAUCACAAUCAAACAGAUUUUGUUGGGCAUCCAGGAGCUUUUAAAUGAGCCUAACAUUCAGGAUCCAGCCCAGGCUGAGGCCUAUACCAUAUACUGUCAGAACAGAGUGGAGUACGAGAAGAGAGUCCGAGCACAAGCCAAAAAAUUCUCGCCCUCGUAGAUGUGGUGGACGGAUGGAUAAAUGGAGGGAGUGUGUCAACACGUUCUUUUC